GAGAUGUCCUGUAUUCCAUUGUUGAUGGAACCGGCACGGUCCAGCUCUGAAGUACAGGGUGCUGCAAAAAUGAGAAAUAAAGAUGCUGCCUUCAGACAUUUGGUUCCUGGCUCUGAUGGUAACGAAAGUGAACAGUCUAAAUGUAUUCAAAGAAAAAGAGUGCUUCCAUCUUGGAUGCUGGAAAGAGAUCUGGUGCAGAGUGUUUCCGAGCCUGUAAUGACAGGUAGUAGAAAGAAAAAAUGCCAAGGAAGGGAAGAAAGUGAUACGGAGUCAUUAAAAAUGGAAGUAAAUGUGCAGCAGAAAAAAAGACUGGCUUCUGGAGAAAGUAUAGAGGAUUCAGAAGGUGAAGAGCAAGAUCAAGGGAAAAGGAGCUGCCUUUCCAUCCCUGUCCCUUCAUCUCAGAAUACAUCUGGAUUUCAUCUUGAGAAUACCACGACAGAUGUGGAAGGAAAUGGCAAGACUGGAACAAAAAAACGUGGAAGUUCUCUGGGAGAAAAUGGUAGGCAGCUGCAUAGCCAGUGGUCUGAAAGAGUAGGUCAGAUUUCCAGUAAGGACAGUAGAAUUGAGGAAGCAGAAAACAAAGCACAGAUUACUGGGUCUACAAGCCAACAAGCUCCCUGGGGCAGGACUUCCCAAUGUUUUGGUGCCCAGGAAGGGAUUCUUGAGCCUGAUGCAAAUCUGGAUUACAAGACUGAGAUUUCUGAUUCAACCAAAAGUGCAGAUGCUUCAGAAAACUCCAAACAGAUCCAGCAUAAGAGGACACCUUGCAUGUAUGGAAGUGGCUGUUACAGGAAGAAUCCCGUGCACUUCCAGCAGUUCAGUCACCCUAAUGAUGAUGACUAUUAUGAUGUGGAGAUGGUAGCUCAGGAAAACGAUGACACCCGGCCUGAAUGUCCUUAUGGAACAGCUUGUUAUAGGAAAAAUCCACAGCACAAGCUAGAGUACAAGCACAGUGCUCCUCCAGUAACCGGAAGAGGAACCCAACAACGAACUUCAAGAAACAGAAAAAGGACUGUGGAGAAAGACAGUGCCAAUGAUGAUGAACCUAAUGAAUAUGACCUCAGUGACAGCUUUAUAGAUGAUGAGGAAGAAGAGUGUGAACCUACUGAUGAAGACUCGGACUGGGAACCAAGUUCAGAAGAAAAGGAUAAUGAAGAUGUAGAAACACUUGUGCAAGAAGCACGUAGAUUCGUUAAGGCCAAAAAAUAG